UAUUGACCCUCCUGGAAAGAGGGGAAAGUGCUGUCAUAAUGAAAGCGGUCUUGUUGCUUACAGUGUUUACUGCCUCUGGCUGUGCCCCCGAGCAGAGGUCUGGGGGUAUGGAUAAUGAAACUCCUUUGCUUUCAUUGGGGGCAGUGCAAGAAGAGGUUCAAGGAACACAUAAUCCAGGCAGUUUAUGUGUUUUCCUAGUCUGUUCCACCUUCCAAUUCUGCAAUACUUGUUUUCUUAUUUUACAAUCGAUUACUGGCUGUUUUAAUAAGAUUUUCUUUGUCUUAAUGAAGUCAUUGCCCCUUGUGAAUUAGUUUUCUAAAUAGAAAAACUUAUUUCCUGUGUGUUUAAUGACUGGAACAAAUAGCGCACUAUGAAGUUUACACCAUUGUCUUUUAUCUUAGAACUCCUGAUCAAUUUGCUUUAUUUCCCCAAGUACUCAGCUAGCACACUUUCUAUGUUAAUUUGACGCCAUUGAAACCAUUUAGAGCAAAGUCUGGGUAAGAGUUCUAUGAUUGUUUUGUAAAACUAUGUUUUUCUUCACAAUCUUGAAGACCCGUUAUAUUAAAAAUAAUUUAAGAUUUAUUCCCACCAAAAGCCUAUUAUUUUUCACGCUCUUAAUUUUUCAUGUUGACACACUUGUGGCAAGAGGAAUAUUUCCCCCAGUGGAGUUAAAGUAUUUUUUUAAAAUCAUUUUAGAGUACUGAUAAAUUUAAACAAGAGUAUUUAAGGUUGACAGAAUUUGAAUUAAUAAAGUUAUUUUAUAGUGCCAUUAACCCUACACUGUAUGGUUUCUCUUGUAGCAUAUACCUGUAUCAAGGUAGAUAGUUGUGAAUUUAUCCACCAAUGGAUAACUUGUGUGACAUUAAGAAAACAUAUGUAUUAUAUAAAUAUAUAUGUGUACAUACACACCGCGUGCACGCUAACCUUCCAAUCUUUAUCUUAAUGAGUAUUUUCAUUGUUGCUUUGGGAGGGGCGAAAGUAGCAGGUUUGUAUCUUUUUUCUCCCCAGUUUUAGCAGUGUAUCCACAUAGGAAAGUUGGUGUGUAAAUUUGAGUUUGUCAUAGACUAGGAGAGACAGUGAAACAGGAUAAGUAUACAAUUGUGAGGAAACUGCCAUGAGUUCAUAAGCAGGAAGGACUUUUUUAGAAGUGUUUAAGGAUGUUAAGAAUAGUGAUGGAUUUUUUUUCUUUAAAAAGUCAUUGUGGCCAAUAGUCAAGUAUUGGUUGCUAACCUAUGGGAUAUAACAACAUUGGAGACUCCUAGGAAGAUACCUGGGAAAGUGUAAUGUUCAAGCUUAGAAAUGCCUUAUGUGGAUCGUCAGAAUCGCAUUUGUGGUUUUCUAGACAUUGAAGAAAAUGAAAACAGUGGGAAAUUUCUUCGAAGGUACUUCAUACUGGAUACCAGAGAAGAUAGUUUCGUGUGGUACAUGGAUAAUCCACAGAACCUACCUUCUGGAUCAUCACGUGUUGGAGCCAUUAAACUUACCUACAUUUCAAAGGUUAGCGAUGCUACUAAGCUGAGGCCAAAGGCUGAGUUCUGUUUUGUUAUGAAUGCAGGAAUGAGGAAGUACUUCCUACAAGCCAAUGAUCAGCAGGACCUAGUGGAAUGGGUAAAUGUGUUAAACAAAGCUAUAAAAAUUACAGUACCAAAGCAGUCAGACUCACAGCCUAAUUCUGAUAACCUAAGUCGCCAUGGUGAAUGUGGGAAGAAGCAAGUGUCUUACAGAACUGAUAUUGUUGGUGGCGUACCCAUCAUUACUCCCACUCAGAAAGAAGAAGUAAAUGAAUGUGGUGAAAGUAUUGACAGAAAUCAUCUGAAACGGUCACAAAGCCAUCUCCCUUACUUUGCUCCUAAACCACCUCUGGAUAGUGCAGUUAUCAAAGCUGGAUAUUGUGUCAAGCAAGGAGCUGUGAUGAAAAACUGGAAGAGAAGAUAUUUUCAGUUGGAUGAAAACACAAUAGGCUACUUCAAAUCUGAGCUGGAAAAGGAACCUCUUCGUGUUAUUCCACUUAAAGAGGUUCAUAAAGUCCAGGAAUGUAAGCAAAGUGACAUAAUGAUGAGGGACAACCUCUUUGAAAUUGUAACAACGUCUCGAACUUUCUACGUGCAGGCUGAUAGCCCUGAAGAGAUGCACAGCUGGAUUAAAGCAGUCUCUGGCGCCAUCGUAGCACAGCGGGGGCCCGGCAGAUCUGCGUCUUCUGAGCAUUCCCCCGGUCCUUCAGAAUCCAAACACGCUUUCCGUCCCGCCACCGCAGCCGCCACCACCUCACAUUCCACAGCCUCUCGCAGCAACUCUUUGGUCUCAAGCUUUACCAUGGAGAAGCGAGGAUUUUACGAAUCUCUUGCCAAGGUCAAGCCAGGGAACUUCAAGGUCCAGACUGUCUCUCCAAGAGAACCAGCUUCCAAAGUGACUGAACAAGCUCUGUUAAAACCUCAAAGUAAAAAUGGCCCUCAGGAAAAAGAUGGUGACCUAGUAGACUUGGAUGACGCGAGCCUCCCGGUCAGUGACGUGUGAGGCAGACGUGCAUGGAGCCUGUCUGCCUCUGCCUCAGUUUCCUUUCGUGAGGCUUCUAGCCAAAGAUGAUAAAGGGGGAAAUGGUUUUUAGUGCAGAUAUUAUGCUGCCUCUUAGGUGUAUUCUUUAUAAGCUGGUGAACCAAGAAUCUAGGGAGUGGCCAAACUAAAUAUAAUUUCUUUAAAAAGAAAGAAUAAGGAAAAAUCCAAAAUAUCUCACUGUCAUCUGUCUGAAACAUUGUGUGUUCUCAUUUGGGUGGGUAACAAUGUGUGUGUAAUAUUUUUUCCUAGUGAUUUUGACAGUUUAAAUGUUUAACAACUUAAAACAUUAAAAAUGCUGAUUAAUUACUUUGGUCAUUUAAAAAAAUGCUACUAUGACGUCUGAUUAAAUGUUCAGUAUUUACACAUCCUUGUUGGUCACUAUUACCAAAUGAAAUAUUGCCAGACCAAGAUACCUAAACUCAUCAUGUCUGUGGUGCUGUAAAAUUUAUACUACAAUGUGGACUGUGUUGAAAUUACAACCAUUUUUGAUGCCCUGAAUCUUGAGGCGAGUUGCAAAUUUUGCAUAGAGGAUAUUAUUCGACCAACAGUAAGGGUUGCAGGUUAUACUGGGGAAGAGAAAAGGAGAAACUAGAAUUCAGACAACUUUGUCCUAGAUGUUUGUUUGAAAAAGCUUAAUCAGGCCUUGGAGCAGUCAGUGCUUUAUUCAGCAAACAUUAAUUGGUAGGAAAUUUUUGGGAGAUCUGAUUUUCUUACAAAAGUUUUGUAAAUAGUUUUUAUUUCUAUAUUUGGAUCGGUGAAAGACCUCAAGUUUAUAUGUAAAGACGUAACUGCCCUUAGUCAUGAAAUUGUUGUGACCUCUCCUUUUUGUCACUAAUAACCUAGAUUCAAGUGCCUGUGUUUUUUCAUCUUGUUUAGGAAUGUUUUGAGAUUCAUAUGCUAAAAAGUCCUCCUACAUGACUGGUUUUAAACAUUGACAUAAAAUUGAUUUUCAGUAGAAUAGUUUAAUGUGUUAAAUAAGAUAGCAUUUUGUGUUAGAGAUACCAGAAUGCUGGUAUUCUACUACCUGUGCAAUAUAUAUGUUUUAAAGAAAACAAACUUGGGAAUACAUUUAAUCAUUGACAUAUAGAUAGAAGCACUCUCUAAAGAAUUCUUCAUUUCUGGUGUUGAAUUAUAGACCAGUUUGAAUAAAUACUGUUUUUUUUUUUUGGAGACAGCAUCUCGCUCUUUUGCCCAGGCUGGAGUGCAGUGGCGUGAUCUCAGCUCACUACAACCUCUGCCUCCUGGCUUCAAGCAGUUCUCCUGCCUCAGCUUCCUCAGUAGCUAGGAUUACAGGCGCAUGCCACCACACCUGGCUAACUUUUGUAUUUUAGUAAAGAUGGACUUUCACCAUGUUGGCCAGGCUGGUCUUGAACUCCUGACCUCAGGUGAUCCACCUGUCUCAGCCUCCCAAAGUGCUGGGAUUACAGGUGUGAGCCACCACGCCUGACCCGUAAGUACCGUUUUUGUGGUUCCAUCUUAAACAUUUGCUUUAAAAAAACAGUCUUGAGUUUCAUAUGCUGCUAUUUUUUAUGUUUUGCCAUUUUACUGUACUGUUUUGUUUUGAAUUCGUACAUAUCACUGAAAAUUUCUCUUUUUCAUUUUCUAAGAUGACUUCUUGUCUGAAACAGAAAAAUUUCCUACUACAGCAGUGGGGUCCAGAGGUUAAGAUCUAUUAGAAUUAUAUAGUAUCAGUUUAAAAAUCUGUAUGCAUAAAGAGUAUACCACUCAAUUUUUUUAUUCAUAAGCUAAUAUUUUUUUAAAGUUAGAUUUUUUUCUCUUUUGCAGCUACAUUUGAAAGUGAUAAAGAGAUUUUUAAUUAUCACUUCUUCUGCUGAUAUAUUCACUAUAAUGGCUUUUUUGGAAGUUUCUUUUUCAUAAACACACCCGAGAAAUCUGAUAUAGACACUUUGCAAUAUUUAAGAACCUAAUGCUGUUUAAUUUUGGUACAGCUUCCACACUGCAUGUUCAUUUUAGCAUAUUUUGGUAUUUGCAAUUUGAUAUAUUUCAUGGUGGUAAAAUAUUAGCUCUAUUUUGGGACAUUUUUAAAUAGAACUGUCCUUGUUCAGUAGCAUAGGAAAAUGUUCUUGUGAUUGUCAGGGUCUCCUAGUAUUUAUCUCAAUUCUUUUAUAAGUGGAAAUUAUUUAAUUAUUUUAAAACUUACACACUUUUCUGGUAAAUAUGUUACAUCUGAGUUCAAAAAAAUUACUUUGAAUACCUUAAUAUUUGCUGCAUUUUUUUCUGUAUAUAUAACAUGUCUUCUUUCAGAAUGGGAAUAUAUGUGUGCCUCCCAACAUUUACUGUUAAAGUCUGUUAUCUUUAUAUGUCAAACUGGUUGAACACUGUAUAAUGACUUGAGAAUAAACUGCACAGAGUUUA